AUGUUAGGUUUAGGAAAAGAUAUGAUUUUAUAGAUUUUAAGAGAUUAAGUGAAAUAAGAAUAUUUUUAAAUGGGUUAUAAAUUUAUCUAAAUAGUUUUGGAAGAGUUUGUAGAAUUAUUUAGAUAAAUUAUUGAAAGGAAUAGAAGUGAGAAAGUUAGGAGAUUAUAUAGAAGGGAGAAAGAUUGGUUAUUAAUAAUAUUACUUUGUAGUGAUGCAGUAGAUGAAAAAAAAAAAUAAGUAAGGUUUGUGAAUAUUAUUUGAAGAGAUAAGAUAAAUUUUCUGGUUGUAUACAUAGAAAGACAUGUAGCAAUAAUUUUAUGAAGUAUUCAGAGGGUAAUCAAGAAGUUUGGAGAAGAUAGAAUAAAGAAAGGCAUAACAGUAAGAAAGUUCAGAAGUUCAUUGAGAAUAAAUAAAGAGUUAAGGAUUUAAUAAAUUUAAAUAAAUUGGGUUAAGGAUAAUUUGAAUCAGUUUAUUUAUACCAGUUUAAGGAGAGAGAGACAUUUUUUGUUUUGAAAUAAUUGACAAGAACACAUUUACAAUAUUUUGAAAUAUAGAAACAUAUUUAAUAGGAGAAGGCGAGAUUGGAAUAUAUGAAUAAUCCAGUUAUUCUUAAUUUUUUAGAUAGUUAUCAACAUUUUAUGUCUGAAAAAUCUUAAAAACUUAUGAAUAUUUGA